AAUUAAUAAAUCUCCGUUGACAUGUUCGACUCUGUGAACUUGGCUCUUUCAUAGCAGCAGCCAAUUUUUCUUAUUCAUCAAGGAAUAAAAUGCUUCAUAAUCACCUCCGUUUCUUCUUCGAUCCAUUCUAAAACAUAAUCUCCAUUAAUUCCUCAUUUUAUUUCUUAAUCAGAUCUUCAAUUUUUUGUUAACUGACCUUUGCUGUUACUAUCAUGGUGCUGCCAUUACUAAAGCUGGGUACAUUAGCCGUUAAAACCCUAAGCAAACCGUUCGCUGCUAAGCUCAAGCAACAGGCAGCUCGUCAUCCAAAGUUCCGUCAGUUAAUCGUCAGCUUUGCUCAGGCGAAUCAUAGAAUAACGACUAGAAUGCAAAGGAGAAUUUAUAGUCAUGCGACGGAUGUUGAGAUUCGGCCUUUAAAUGAAGAGAAAGCUGUUCAAGCUGCUGUUGAUCUCAUUGGCGAAGUCUUUGUUUUCACGGUGGCAGGAGCUGUUGUGAUCUUUGAGGUGCAAAGAAGUGCUAAAUCAGAAGCCAGAAAAGAAGAAUUGCGAAAACAAGAAUUGGAGGCAAUGCGUCAAAGAGAUGAAGAAUUGGCCAGAGAAGUAGAAACUCUUAGACACAAACUUGAAGAAAUCGAACAGCUUGCCAAAGGACGAGGACUUAGUGGUGUUUUCCACUUCAAACAUUCUAACACAGAAGCAGUAAAGGUCCCAAAACCAGCUUAAUUUUGGUUCGGUUGGUUCAUCCUUGCUUUCGAGAAAAACAAAGUCAUGGAACUUCAUUUUUUUUCUCAAAUUUUGGUUACAAGUAACUGCUUCUGUUUUGAACUUCGGUCUGGGAUAUAUUAUCUAGCGGUUUUUAGCAUGUUAAGGCCGUUUUUGAUGUAAAUAUAGAUACUUGAAAGAUGCACAUUUUGCUCUUCCUUGCUAACUUUUAUAACUAGUUCUAAUGGCGGAAUAACACUAUGGAGCUCAUUAAUCUACUUCGGUUCAUCUGCGCUUUUGUUAUGUAAUUGACUUUAAAAAGUUUAUUCCGAGUACAUUAAUAUUUAUUGUCGAGAGCUUCCGUACUAA